UUCAAAACAAAACCAGCAACUGAAGGUUAUAAAUUUCAUAAAUCUGAUAAACUUAUUUGUCAUUCUUAUGGUGAACAAUAACAAUAGAUGUAGUGUGUAGAUGAUUAGAUUGAAUAUCAAGUUUUUUUUAUUGAAGUUUAUUUAAACGUCAAAGUAAUGAUGACUACAAACAAGUCAAUUUUAUCGUACUGCUGUUUAUUUAUUUUUAUAUUAAUUAAUCCAAUAGAAAGUGCAUUUUAUCGUCCUCUUGUAAUUAUCCAUGGAGUCCUUACUGGAAGUGAGAGUAUGGAGCAAAUCAGUGCUCGUAUUCAAGAGAUACAUCCGGGGACACAAAUAUUUAAUACGCCACGUUAUGCAGGAUGGAGUAGUCUAGAGCCAAUGUGGCAUCAAGUUGAAGAAAUUGGACAAGAUUUAAUGGCAAUAUCAGCAGCUUUCCCUGAAGGAAUUAAUUUAUUAGGAUAUAGUCAAGGUGGAUUAUUAGCUAGAGCUAUUCUUCAGAGGUUUCCAGAUCAUAAUGUCAGAACUUUUAUAUCAUUAAGUUCACCUCAAGCUGGGCAGUAUGGCACAAAAUUUUUACAUUUAUUUUUCCCGGGCUUAGUUUGUGAAACAGCCUACGAAUUAUUUUACUCAAGAGUUGGGCAACAUACAAGUGUUGGAAAUUAUUGGAAUGAUCCUUAUCAUCAAAAAUUGUAUUUUGAAUAUAGUAAAUUUUUACCAUUAGUUAACAAUGAAGAACAAUCAGGAAAUUCAUCGGACUUUAAAUUAGGACUUACGAAAUUAAAAAAAUUAGUUUUAAUUGGCGGUCCUGACGAUGGUGUAAUUACACCCUGGCAAAGUAGUCAAUUUGGUUAUUAUAAAUUCAAUGAAACUGUUGUCGAAAUGCGGAAUCGUGAAAUAUAUCAAACUGACGCUAUCGGUUUAAAGACUUUAGAUAAAGCAAAGAAAUUAAUGACUUACACAGUUCCUGGUGUUACUCAUGACCAGUGGCAUAAAAAUAUGACACUCGUAGAUUUAUAUAUUUUACCUCAUCUUGAUUGAUGAUUCAUAUCAAAUAAUUGUAAUAUAAAUUUAUAAAAACUUUAUAAAUUAACAAUUAAUUUUAUAAUAAUGAAGUUAGCCAUGGUGCUGAAAGUAGCAGUCAUUAAAAAAAUUUAUUUAUUUAAAAGUAAAUACUGGCAGGCAAUAAUUUUAAAAAAUGCAUGAGAAAAAUUUUCAAAAUUUUUCUGAUGAAAAUUAACUCGGUAAUUAAAAAUACUAAAAUUGUGAUAAAUUAAAAAAAAUUGCACUUACAGUUUUUGUAAUUUUCUACGUAUGCAUAUUUUUAGUUUUUUUUUUUCUUGUAAAUGAUUCGUCGGAAAAAAGAAAUCGAAAAUUGUUAUUUGUUUGCUACAGGAUUAUUAAUUAUUGUUACUAGUUGAUUUAAUUUAAUAGGCCUACAGAAUCUUAUAGUAAAUUUUUUAACGAUAAAUUGUAAAUAAAAAAAAAGCUGAUGUGGAAUUUACCAGAAAAAAACUCAGUUUUAAAAAUAAUCUGAUUUAAAAGUACAAUUAUUGAUAACAAAUAAUUUGUGAGAUUAGUUAAUAAUUUUAUUUAUAAAUCUCAGAAAUAUUUUAACAAUUUUAAUAACAAUAAAUUGAGAAAAAUAUAUCGUAAUUACUAAGUUAAGAAUUUUUUAACAUUUAUUUUAUAAUAUGUACAAAAUAAAAUAAAAUUCUGUACA